AUGCUUUACAGCCUUUACUACUUAUCAGUUACCACUUACCAACGCUUUAUCCCCAAUACCCUAGACCUCAUUUCCCGCCGGCGUCACCCUGCCGCCACCGCGAAUUCUCAACAACUCGUUAUCUUACCAGGAUUUAGCCGCUCGAUCACCGCGGCACCGCCCUCUGCUAAGCAAUAUCGAAUUCCAAUUUUGAAGUGCCGGUGCUGCCAAGUGGGGGGAUCGAUGGAUUCGCGAGUUCUGACGCAGGAAGAACUGGAGAAGAAGAAGAAAAAGGAAGAGAAGGCUAGAGAGAAGGAAUUGAAAAAGCUCAAAGCUGCACAAAAAGCAGCUGCCGCCAAACUCCAGGCGCAACAACCCUCUACCUCAAAAUCAGAGAAGAAAAAAAAUGCGAGAAGAGAAGUCGAGGAGGAUAACCCGGAGGAUUAUGUUGAUCCUGAAACACCUUUGGGUGAGAAGAAAAAGCUCUCUCGUCAAAUGGCAAAGACUUACGAUCCUAGUGCUGUUGAGAACUCGUGGUAUGAAUGGUGGGAGAAAUCUAAUUUCUUUGAGGCUGACCCAAAAAGCUCCAAACCAUCAUUUGUAAUUGUUAUUCCACCACCAAACGUCACUGGGGCCCUCCAUAUUGGUCAUGCCCUUACUGCUGCAAUCCAGGACACUAUAAUUCGCUGGAGGCGGAUGUCAGGUUACAAUACAUUGUGGGUGCCUGGUAUGGACCACGCUGGAAUUGCAACACAGGUUGUUGUGGAGAAGAAACUUAUGAGGGAAAUGAAUUUGACGAGACAUGAUGUUGGUCGUGAAAAAUUUGUGGAUGAAGUCUGGAAUUGGAAGAAUGAGUAUGGGGGCACCAUACUAAAACAACUUCGGCGCUUGGGUGCAUCUUUAGAUUGGUCCCGUGAGUGCUUCACCAUGGAUGAGAAGAGAUCGAGAGCUGUGACUGAGGCUUUUGUGAGACUCCACAAGGAGGGUCUCAUAUAUAGGGAUCUCCGUUUAGUGAACUGGGAUUGUGUCUUGAGAACUGCAAUAUCUGAUAUUGAGGUGGAACAUAUAGAAAUCAAAGAGAGAACGGAACUCCGAGUUCCUGGAUAUGAAAAACCCGUGGAGUUUGGAGUGCUGACAUCGUUUGCAUAUCCUCUGGAGGGAGGUUUGGGUGAGAUUGUUGUGGCAACUACUCGAGUGGAAACGAUGCUGGGUGAUACUGCUAUUGCCAUUCAUCCUGAUGAUCCAAGAUACAGCCAUGUUCAUGGGAAAUUUGCUGUCCACCCAUUCAAUGGGCGGAAACUUCCUAUUGUUUGUGAUGCGGUGCUUGUAGAUAUGAGUUUUGGCACAGGUGCCGUUAAGAUCACUCCUGCCCAUGAUCCUAAUGAUUUUGAGGUCGGCAAGCGCCAUAAUCUCGAGUUUAUAAACAUCUUUACUGAUGAUGGAAAAAUAAAUAGCAACGGUGGUCAGGAGUUUGCAGGGAUGCCACGUUUCAGGGCUCGUGUGGCUGUGACAGAAGCUUUAAAGGAAAAGGGACUUUAUCGAGGUGAUAAAAAUAAUGAGAUGCGUUUAGGAAUUUGUUCUAGAAGUAAUGACGUUGUGGAGCCCCUCAUAAAGCCUCAGUGGUAUGUAAACUGCAAAAGCAUGGGACAACAAGGUCUUGAUGCUGUCAUUGAUGAAAAAAAUCCAAAGAUUGAGAUCAUUCCCCGCCAAUAUGUUGCUGAAUGGCAGAGGUGGCUUGAGAAUAUUCGUGAUUGGUGCAUUUCAAGACAACUUUGGUGGGGCCACCGAAUACCUGCAUGGUAUGCAAUGUUGGAGGAUGAUGAACUGAAGGAACUUGGUGCGUACAAUAAACAGUGGGUGGUUGCCAGGAACGAGGAAGAAGCUCAGGUGGAAGCUAGCAAAAUAUUCGCUGGAAAGAAGUUCCAGCUUUUCCAAGAUCCUGACGUUCUGGACACCUGGUUUUCGUCCGGACUUUUCCCCUUAUCUGUGUUGGGGUGGCCAGAUGAUACAGACGAUCUUAGAGCAUUUUACCCAACAUCUGUUCUUGAGACUGGCCAUGAUAUCCUAUUUUUUUGGGUUGCUCGUAUGGUGAUGAUGGGAAUGAAGCUAGGAGGUGAUGUACCAUUUAGAAAGGUUUACUUGCAUCCUAUGAUUCGUGAUGCCCAUGGACGCAAGAUGUCUAAGUCAUUAGGAAAUGUCAUUGAUCCUCUAGAAGUCAUUAAGGGAGUAACCCUUGAAAAUCUUCACAAAAGGCUAGAGGAGGGCAACUUGGAUCCUAAUGAGUUGAAAACUGCGAAAGAGGGUCAGAAGAAGGAUUUCCCAAAGGGUAUUCCUGAAUGUGGAGCUGAUGCUUUGCGCUUUGCCCUCGUUUCCUACACAGCUCAGUCAGACAAAAUUAAUCUGGACAUCCAGAGGGUGGUUGGGUAUCGGCAAUGGUGCAACAAAUUAUGGAAUGCUAUUAGAUUUGCCAUGACUAAACUUGGAGACGAUUAUGUCCCUCCAGAGGAGAUAGUUUCUACCGAUAUGCCUUUCAGCUGCAAGUGGAUACUCUCUGUUCUCAACAAAGCUAUAGCAAAAACAGUUCAAUCUCUUGAUUCGUAUGAAUUUUCUGAUGCUGCUACAGCUGUAUACUCAUGGUGGCAGUUUCAAUUGUGUGACGUGUUUAUUGAAGUAAUUAAGCCGUAUUUUUCUGGUAAUGAUCCUGCACUUGCAUCUGCAAGAAGAUAUGCACAGGAUACACUGUGGGUGUGUUUGGAUUAUGGGUUGAGAUUACUUCAUCCUCUUAUGCCAUUCGUCACGGAAGAACUAUGGCAGCGUCUUCCUUCUAAGAAAGAUGCCGUGAGGAAAGAAUCCAUUGUAAUAUCUGAAUACCCCUCAGUAGUGGAGAGUUGGACUAAUGAUGAAGUGGAGUUAGAGAUGGAUAUGGUCGAGUCAGUGGUGAAAUCACUGAGGUCUCUUCGAUCACAAUUGGCACCAAAUGAGAGGCAUGAAAGGCGAGUGGCUUUUGUCCGUUGCCGCACAAACGAUGCCUGUGAUAUCAUAAAGAGUCACGAACUGGAGAUUACCACUCUUGCCACAUUAUCUUCACUUGAAGUUUUGAGCGAGAAUGAUGAAGCACCACUGGGUUGUAAGGUGGACGUGGUCAACGAGUCCCUGUCAGUUUUCCUCAAGCAACAAGGCAACAUUAAUGUCGAAGCCGAACUUGAAAAAAUCAAGAAGAAAAUGGAGGACCUGCAAAAUGCUCCAGGCUACCAAGAGAAAGUCCCUGCCCAUAUCCGUGAAGUGGAUGAGUCGAAACUGGCCUCACUCAUGCAAGAACUUCUGUCUUUCAAGGAAGCUAGUGAGCAUUUGGAACGCGAAACUUCAAAUUCCUAA